UGUAUAGAAUAACACGUCUUGUCUGCAUAGACGAUCUUUGCUUGAAGGUAGUUGCGAAGUUCUCGGGGCAAGCGAGUCCACGGGAGCGAGCACUGCUGUAGAUUACACACCGGCCAGGGAAGAGCAGGACGGACUGGAACGCCGCUCUCCGACAAACCUGACAAGUAGGGAAAUAGUUUCACACGGUGACCGGUCGACGGGAAAGUUUACUGGGAGUUUAACUUCACCCGGGAGCACCGCGGCGUGUCGGUGUGUUUCCCCCCUGGGAUCCAGCGGAGGAGGUAGGUGAAGGUCUACUGAUGAAGACAUGGUAAUAAAUAUUUUUCUUUUGGGGUGAACAGCCUGGUGGAUAGUAAGAGGCAUCAUGGCAGAUCUGCCUAUUGCCCCGGGCCAGAUCUACAUCGAGGUAGAGUACGACUAUGAGUAUAAGUCUAAAGACCGAAUCAUUAAGAUCCAGCAGGGGGAAUGCUACAUGCUAGUCAAGAAAACUAAUGAGGAUUGGUGGCAGGUGAAAAAAGAGGAGGGGUCUAAAGCUUUUUAUGUACCUGCUCAGUAUGUCCGAGAAGUCCGCAAAGCCCUCAUGCCACCCCCUAAACCGAUCCUACAUCCUCCCAGUGCUACUGGUAAUCCAUCUUCACAAAGUGCAGGUGCACGCUGGGUAAAACCAAACAAUCUGGAUCUGGGACUAAACAAUCAUCCCGCUGAGAACCUUCACAGAAACGAGUCCAACUAUCAGCGCUCCCCUUCAGCACAAACUGGAAACACGGCUAAAUUCACUCCCCCGAUUCAGCGCAGGGACAAUAACCACCAUCAUGCCCCCACCUCUCCCACUGACCAUGACAAAGCUCUGGCUGAAGCUCUCCAUGGUGGUGUCCCACCACCCCCUUACAAAGGUGGGUCCAGCACCCUGCCCCUCAGUCGAGCCAGAUCCCCAGAACUGGUCAGGGCGCCGCUGGACGUGGACAGCACCCAAUACUGUGACUCUGCGGGCGAAGAUAGACGUACAAAUGACUCUGAGUCUGGAGACGAACUGAGCAGCUCUUCCACUGAACAUCUCCAGGGCAGAUACAACAACUCAAUCUCAGUCAUUUUCACAACAUUGGUCGUCUUGCUAUGUGCUUUAUGUUGUAAUUGACAAUCAGGCCAUCUC